GACGGCCGAACUGGAACUGCGCAGGUAUUCCGCAGAAGCCGGCGGGGCCGUCGGGUGGCCGGGCUGCUUUCUCCUCGGCGCGGAGUCGAGCGCUUCGCCAAAGUUGGGGUGCUGCAGGAGCCGCGGCUAAGCUAGCUGGCUAGCCGUGCGCUGCCCAGCGCCGCGAUCGGGCCAUCUGGCUGCCAAGCUGGGUUAUUAGGGGGCUGCAGCCAUUGUAAACACGCCAGGCGUCGCUCGCCCUUUGUCCGCGCUUCGCUCUCCCCGAGAACAGUGCCCUUUAACUAGACCGGUAUAAUCGUCCUCCUCGUUUGUUUUCCCCUUUUCAGACCUCAGCCAGGUAGUCGGCGAAACUAGUUGUACCGAGUUUAAACGGGAAAAAAAGCACCGCUAAUUAAGCGGCUAGCGAGCCUCCCGUUAAUCCGUGCCCGGGCGGCAGGGUGCCGCCAGCCCGCUUCCGAGCCGGGCGCUCCCCGCUGCCUUCACGCCUCGUAGAGGGGCGACGGGGCUCGGGGAGCAGAGCCCACCGGGGCAGAAACCAGCCGUGUUACAUAAGUGGCUGUGGCCGCCUUGCGUCGCCGCCGGGGCCCGGGAGAGCCGCGGAGCGGCCCGCCUCACGGAGGUCGGGAGGAUUAAGCGGGCAUCCGCUCUGCCAGAUGGACGCUAUGUAACUUCGCGAGGGUUGGAGGACAUAGCAGGUACAUACUACGGCGAGCCAGUCACUGGGUAAUGGCCCUACAGAGACGAUCUGCAGUACAUCUAACCAUUCGGCGGGUUAUCACAGGAGUCCCGAAUCGCCGCAGAGCUGCGGCCCGCCAUGUGGAGGCUGUAGGACCGGGCCAUAGCAUGGCUGCUUCUCGCUCCACACGUGUUACCAGGUCAUCGGUGGGCAUAAAUGGAUUGGAUGAAAACUUCUGUGGUCGGACCCUCAGGAACCGUAGCAUCGCCCAGUCGGAUGACUCCUCGCCGGCCCCAUUGCCCCGGGCCCGCUCGCCCAAGAAAAAGCUGGACAGCCAGCAGGGGGCGCCACAGCAGCCCUCCCCCAAAGGGAGUCAUCUGGGGAAGGUAGCCGACGCCAAACACCCCCCGGGGGAGCGGGAGCCAUGGAUGAGCCCCCGCAAGCGCGGCCUGUCUUUCUCAGAAAGGGAGGCCCCUGACAAGGAGGAGAGCCAGCCCCGUGAGGCAUCGCCUCCGCUCAAGCGGGCCAGGGGGCGCUCUCGCUCCGGUGACACCCCCGGCUCCCCAGCCAGACCUGAGAGGCCGUCUCUGUGCGAUGCUCAGGAGGCAACCGGGGGCGAGCAGGACUCCCAACACAACGAAGGCAAGUCUGAGGCAGCAGAGGACUCCAAAGAGGCUGGCGGGCAGCCUGUGGAUGGCGGCGAGGGCCAUGGGGUUGCCAAUGGGCUGGCCGAGCGGGGCCCUGAGGGGGGCCCCACACCACCGUCUUUGGGACUGAAUGCCGCGAUGGACGGUCCUCGUGAGCCGGGGAACAACCUUGGGGAUGCGUGCUGUGAUUACGCAUCCCUGCUGAACGGCAGGCAGGGGGCACCUUUUCCCAGCCCCCACCCUGAUGUGCCUUGUAGAAACUCGCACCCUGAGCCAGUGGGGCCUGUCGGCUCAGUGGGCCCCCCCUCUGAGGCCCCGCUGGAGGAGGAGGUGGACGUGGUGGGCGACGCCAGCACGCUGGCCCAGGCGCGAGCCGCGGAUGGCACCAACAGUGGGGGGUGUGCAGCGAACGACGAGCCUCACAUGUCAGGGGAGGGCGACCCAGUUUGUCCGCCUCAGGGCUCCGCCCACAGCUCAGCAAGUCCCGCCCAUUGCCCACCAGGCCCUGCCCAAAGCCCCCCCCACACUCCCUGCUUCAGUGAACCCCAAGAGCAUCGCUACGCACUGAGAACUUCUCCCCGAAGGGGCAGGGGCAGCCCGCCUAAGCUGAGCUCACCCCCCGGGGAGGAGCGGGAGGCCGAGGCCCCCCCUGACACAGAGAGCACCAGCAGCCCCCGAGGGGAGCCGGAGGCCAAAGAGAGCGGGGAGGUGGGCUUGCCGGAACUCAGAGCUCCCAGAUCCACCAAAGAGCCUGUAGGCGGUCCGGCUGCUGAGGAGGAGGACGACGACGAAGAUGACCCAGACGUCUAUUAUUUCGAGUCUGACCAUUUGGCUUUGAAACACAACAAAGACUACCAGAGGCUGCUGCAGACCAUCGGCGUGCUAGAAGCCCAGCGGACCCAGGCCAUCCUGGACUUGGAGGCUCUGGCCCGGCGUCAGCAGCAGGCCCUCAGUGACCCCGUGGGCUUUGUGGAGCAGCUGCAGAAGCAGAUGGUUCUGGGCCUGCCAGGCCCUCAGCGUGUGGUCCAGCUCCCAGACAUUGCGUGGGACCAGUACACCUCGGGCCUGGGGGACUUCGAGCGGGAGUUCUGUGACAGGAAGCGGAACACUCGGAGGACCAAGCUCAUCUUUGAUAAAGUGGGGUUGCCAGCCCGACCAAAAAGCCCUCUGGAUUCCAAAAGGGACGGCGAGUCUUCAGCACUGUACUCCGCGCUGCCCUCUAGCGAUGGUCCGGACCACGGCGGCUCCAGCAGCCGCUCUCAGAUGAUCAGGGGCCGGAACUGUGACCAGAAUAAAUCAGAUACGUUCAACCAGCUGUGGACCAUAGAGGAACAGAAGAAGCUGGAGCAGCUCCUGCUGAAGUUCCCCCCCGAGGAGGUGGAGUCCAGACGUUGGCAAAAGAUAGCGGACGAGCUGGGGAACAGGACGGCCAAGCAGGUCGCCAGCAGAGUGCAGAAGUAUUUCAUCAAGCUGACAAAAGCUGGGAUCCCUGUGCCUGGAAGGACACCCAACCUCUGCAUGUACAGCAAGAAGGCAUCCACCAAAAGGCAGCACCACCUGAACAAGCACCUGUACAGACCCUCCACCUUCCUGACCUCCUAUGAGCCUCCUGUCUAUAUGGACGACGACGACGACCGGUCCAGCUUCUACAGUGCGCUGCAGGACCCCACCGCUGCCGACUCUGAUGAAGACAGCAUCCCCACCGAGUGCAGACAUCUGCCCGAGUACAAGGAGCUGCUGGAGCUGAAAAAGCUGAAGAAGCAGCGGCUGCGGGAAAUGCACAUGGAGCGUGCACUCACGCAGCACCUGGGCUACAAGUGUGAUGCCUGUGGUGUGGAGCCCAUCCAGGGGGUGAGGUGGCACUGUCAGGACUGUCCCCAGGACAACGCCGUCGACUUCUGCAGCUCCUGUUCUGACUGCUUCUUCAAGUCUGAGUCCCACAAGCCCGACCACCGGCUAGAGCCCAUCUGUGAGGGAGAGACCUUUCUGGACAGAGAUUACUGCCUGCCUCAGAGUGUCGGCUACAACUACCUGGACCCCAACUACUUCCCCGCCAACAGAUGACAGAGGCGAACACAGGCUGCACUAUCACCCCCGUCCUCCACGGGGCGCUCUCCCGACGGCUCAGCCAUCGCAGUUCAACGCUUGGAAUCCACUAAAGGGCGUGGCCGCCGGCAGUAGAGGGCGGCCACCCUCGGGGGCAAUCCAGGAGUCGAGGUCACACGUCCUUGUGGUUGUCGUAGCGAUAACAGGUCUUCACAGUAACACGGCUAAAUGGCACCACCUACAUUCCCGAGCGAGAAGUUCAGGGGGGGUCCCGGCUGCGAAAGCCGACGUGAUCAGGCACACGGCAGGAUAGACCUUUCAGUCACAGCAGGAUCCUAAAGAGUUAACCCCAUAUAGCUAGAUGUCUGUAGGUGAGUAUUUAUGAACCAAUCAGUGAGCUUUCUUAUCGAGGAUUGAAAGGAGUUUGGCGCCAAGACCAGCUUUUUGUUUUUCUUUUUCUUUUAUUUUGAUUGGUCCUAGGUUUUUUUUUUUUUUUUUUUUUUUUUUUUUUUUUUUUAACCAAUCACAGUGUUUGUUCUUAACACGUGCCGGUGGACUUGUGGGUCGGCUCUGGGCGAGAGGACCUCCCCUCUCACUGAAAGCUGCUUUUCCUCACCAUGUCCGCUCAUCAUUUUCAUUGUUUUAACCUUACGAACCUCCUCACUAAACCUGCUGACUUACCAACGAAAGCACUACAGCAUCAAGCCGCAGGGAGCCCGCAGGGAGCCCGCAGGGAGCCCGCAGGAGCCCGCAGGGAGCCCGCGGGCUGCUUUGCUAUGAAGGACCCCAGGAUUAGUGGGCACCCACAUAUUUUCAGUGUGUACUGUUGUAAUCAUGUGCUGUAUACAAAUAUAUGGUGAAAAGAGGUAGUAACUGUGUACCAUUUCUGUCUGAAGUUUUCACCUGUGAACCCGGCCUCCCUCCCUCUGCCCUGGGUUCAGGAAGGUUCCAGAAAGUUUGUGAAAUUGCCUGCUUGCCAUGCUGGGGCGCCCGUCCUCUUUGUUCCACUCCUGUACGUCUGUGUGAGGUCCAUAAGGGUUUUUAUGGAGCGAUUUGUAUUUUUAUCAUUCUAUUUAAAGGACAGAGUCUGAGUAGUGGCCCCGGCCCCCGGCCCCCUCCGUCUUCUUUUAUACGGUAGCUUUUGUUGUGCUUCAGUAGGCCGU